AUGGACCCCAACCCCAUAAUCCUCCCAGAGCCAUUCUCCUCAAUCCCGCGCUCUCCCCUCCUCCUGGGCCCAUCUCCAAUCCACCCCCUCCCCCGCAUAACCGCCGACCUCCAAAACCCCAAAAAGGUCACCAUCUACGCCAAGCGCGACGAUCUCAACUCCGCCUACGCCUACGGAGGCAACAAGACCCGCAAACUCGAGUACCUGCUUGCCGACGCCCUCGCGCAAGGAUGCAACACACUGGUUUCCAUCGGCGGCGUCCAAAGCAACCACACCCGCCAGGUCGCGGCCGUUGCUGCACGGUCGGGUCUGAAGGCCCGUCUUGUGCAGGAACAUUGGGUAGACUGGUCUGAUAAGGGGUACGAGGAUACGGGGAAUAUUCAACUUUCCAGACUCAUGAAUGCGGAUGUGAGGCUUGAUCCUUCUGGGUUUGGAAUCGAACAUAAGAAUACUGCUGCGGCUGUUGUGGAGGAGGCGAAGAAGAAUGGGGAGAUUCCUUACUAUAUUCCUGCUGGUGCAUCGGAUCAUCCGCUUGGCGGAUUGGGGUUCGCGAGGUGGGCGUUUGAGGUUCGAGAGCAGGAGGCGAAGAUGGGGGUGUUUUUCAAUACGGUUUUGGUUUGUGCUGUUACCGGCUCGACUUUUGCUGGCAUGAUUGCUGGGUUUAAGUUGUUGGAGAAGAUGUAUCCUGAUGAUCCCAAGAGACGGGUCAUUGGAAUCGAUGCUUCGGCAACGGUUGAGGCGACUUUUGAUCAGGUCUUGCGCAUUGCGAAGAACACUGCUGCUAAGAUUGGCUUGACUGAAGAUGAUAUCACGGCUGAGGAUGUUAUUCUGGAUGAUCGCUAUCAUGCGGGCAUUUAUGGCAUUCCGGAUCGUCAGACUUGGGAUGCGAUUGAGUACGCUGCCAAGAUGGAGGCGUUCAUCACGGAUCCUGUGUAUGAGGGUAAGAGCUUCGCGGGCAUGAUUGAUAUGAUCCGUCGUGGAGAGAUCGAGGAGGGAAACAUUUUGUAUGCGCACCUCGGUGGGCAAUUGGCUCUGAAUGCCUACUCUGACCUGGGCCGGACCCAGUAG